AUGGCUAAAUUUGUCUCCAUGCCAGGCUUACCUGUCUGUCUGUCUCUCUGCCUGUCUGCCUGCCUGUCCGCCUGCCUGCCCUGGCUUUGCCCGAGAGUUUUCGAUCAGCACUCAUUUGCCCGGUCGACGACACAAGAGUUGUACUCAAAUAUGGCAGUCAAGAGCAAGAGUGCGGCUCUCUGUUCGUUCUCGUCCUAUCGAUCACCAUCACCCAAUCGGGCGGCAGUGAGAGUGAGAGAAAGAGAGAGAAAGAGGGAGCGUGCCGUGCAUCAAUGGCUCUGCGUCGGAUCCCCGUCGCCGUCGUCAUGGGUAGGGGCAGGGCAGGCAAGGCAGGGCAGACAGGACAGGGCAGACAGCCUGGAGGGAGGGUCGGAGUUGCCAUCGGAUUGUGGUAGUGGUCCCGCCCCGCCUCUAAAUGCGGCCAAGAAGCCCUGGCGACGACAAGGGCGACUAGGGGCCACGGACUACUACUACUACGACUACUGCUGCUGCCACUUACUAGGGCAAAACACCUCGCUCGACAGACAGGGACAAGGUCAUUCCUCGUCUAAGCCUGCCCGUUUCCCACCCUCAAAGAGGAUAUACAUGACCGGCCUCGAUGACACAUCUGCUCCAUGCAGGCUCGGCGUCUAUGUAUCAAUACUCCAGACUUUUACCGUCACCGUCGCCGUUGUCGCAGGCGCCGUGCAGAGGCCAGUGCCAGCGUGCUUGGACGGAAAUUGA